UGGUGUCUGCUAUUAACCUUCUGCUGUCCGCUGCCGCUGCUGUCACAUCGAACUUAACCUGAUAUUCAAAAGUAGUUUGUUAUCUAAAACAUCUUUGAUAAAAUGAGCGAUACCAGUGAUCAACUCAGGAGGGAAUCCUUGAAAAAGAAGAUGCUAGAUUUGCAAAAUGUUAACAUAGGACCUCUUCCCGCUGACUCGCCGUGGGUUAGACCUGUGCGAAUGCAAUUCCAGCAGGAUGGAAAAAUUAAAAAUUGGGACCUACUUCGAACACACGAUUCCGUAGCUAUAAUCAUUUUUAACACUAGCAGAAAAAAAUUGAUAUUUGUCUCUCAAUUCCGUCCUGCGGUUUAUUACGCAAGUUUACCAGAGAAGCAGGGAAAAGUCGAUGUUCAACAAUAUCCACCAAGCCUUGGUGUUACCUUAGAACUAUGUGCUGGUAUUGUAGACAAAAAUUUACCUGUAAUUGAAAUUGCUAGGGAAGAAGUACUCGAAGAGUGUGGAUAUGACGUGCCUGUUUCUAACUUCACUAAAAUCAGCGGUUGCAGGAGUGGGGUGGGAGCCAUAGGCUCUAAUGAGACAUUAUUCUAUGCUGAAGUCACAGACGAAAUGCGUGUGAAUCCUGGGGGUGGUUCAGAGGUUGAGGGCGAACUUAUUGAGGUGGUUGAAUUAAGUCCACAAGAGUUCAAGGAAUACAUCAAUCGGCCGAGCAUCCCAAGCCCUCCAGAGACACUGGCAGCAGCGUUUUGGUUCUUUCACAACAAGCCUGAGUACUGCUCCUAGAUGAAUGAUACGGUAUUUUCCUUCAAAAGUUAACUCGUCCACUGACAGAAGAACAAAUUGAUACAUACUAAUAUAUAACAAAAUAAAUAAUAAUUGAUUGA